GAGGGCGCCCUCCCAAUAAAACAAUUGCAGCGCUGCAAAAAAAGAUCGGAAACGUUUCAAAACCUCCCGGUUUAGUUGUAAUUUUGUACCUUUUCAAGACAAAUUUAGGGAAUAAUGACAUUGAAUUAUGGAAGCUAGAAGUACUUUGUGGUGGUGAAGUAUGUAACAGGAGUGGCCAAUGAGAGAAAAGGUUUGAAAUUGAACAUAUUUAUUUGUGAUUUGGUCUGCAAAGGAUUUUUUUUCUCAACAAAAAACAAUAAACUGGAAGUUGCGAAGUACCUUUGCAAGCGCAAAGCAAGCACGAUCAUUGACGAUGGAAGAAUUGGAUAAACUCGAGUAUUUGUCCCUGGUUUCAAAAGUGUGCACGGAACUGGACAACCAUCUCGGGAUGAAUGACAAAGAUUUAGCUGAGUUUAUAAUUGACCUUGCGGACAAGAACUCAGACUUGGAUGACUUCCAGUCAGCGCUCCAGAAAAACGGCGCCGAUCUACCAGCGUCGUUUGUCUCCAACUUACUGCGUCUGAUCCAGCACAUGCGGCCGCCCAAACCUGCCAAGAAGAGCAACAGCGGGAAGGAGAAGAAACCCAAAAUCACAAAAAUUGAGAAGAGGAGGGAAAAAUACCCGGGGCUGUGCCUACCGGACAAGAAAGGGGAAUUUGAGUCGGACGAGAGAGUUGCCUUGGAUGCCAUGGAUGAACUGGAGGCGCUCAUGCCUAAGACCAGCAUGCCCAUUAAAACAGAGAAGACUGAAGAAGUGAAAACGCACAAGAAAAAGAAGAGCAAGCAUCACAGACGCAGCCGCAGCCAGAGCCGUAGUAGGAGUCGUAGCCGUGACAGGGACCGUAGCAGGCACAGACACAAGAGACGGUCGCGGUCUAGGUCACGAUCCAGAUCACGGAGUCGGGACAGAGAUCGGCGGAGACGGAGCCGAAGCAGCAGUAGGGAGCGAGACAGCGGAAGAGACCGCAAACACGGAAGGAGAAGGGAAAGAAGUAGGGAUCGCGACCGUGAUUGGGACAAGCAUAAGGACAGCAGCAGCCACGCAGAUCGCUUCGUCAACCGCCCCCCACCCAUGGACCCCGAGGUGGGCUGUAUCUACGAAGGCAAAGUCACUAGCGUCAUGCAGUACGGUUGCUUCGUGCAGCUAGAGGGCCUGAAACGCAGAUGCGAAGGGCUUGUCCAUAUCUCGGAGCUACGGAGAGAAGGCAGAGUAGCGGAUGUCAACGACGUUGUCGCUCGGGGAAUAAAGGUGAAAGCCAAAGUAUUGUCGCUAGCCGGGACCAAGAUCCGACUGUCCAUGAAAGAUGUUGACCAGGACACAGGCAGAGAUCUGAAUCCACUGAUGUCCAAAGAUUUCGCCGGCUCAUCGAACCCCGAGGCCGACGAUGCCAUGCGCAAUCCUGACCGUCCGUCCAACCUGCCCCUGGUCACGGUGGCUGAAACCGACGACGUCAGCAUCCGCAAGAGGGUCCAGCGGGUCACCUCCCCGGAAAAAUGGGAAUUGAAGCAGAUGAUGGCAGCCAGUUGUAUCGACGUGACGGAGCUCCCAGAUUUUGACGAGACCACGGGCAUCUUAGCCAAAGAAGAUGACUCGGACGAGGAAAUUGAGAUAGAAUUGAGGGAGGAGGACCCGCCCUUCCUCCAAGGCCAUGGCAGACAGAGUGUGGAGCUCAGCCCAGUCAGAAUUGUUAAGAACCCUGACGGAACGUUAUCCAAGGCAGCCAUGAUGCAGAGCGCCCUCGCCAAGGAACGUCGAGAGAUGAAACAAGCGACAGAACGCGCCGAAAGCGAGAACAUCCCAACGGGGAUGAACAAGAACUGGAUCGAUCCUCUGCCCGACAGUGAGCGCGCUCUCGUCGCCAACGUUCGCAACAUGGGUUUCACCAACCAGGACAUGCCGGAAUGGAAGAAGAGCGCGUUUGGCGGCAACAAAGCGUCCUACGGUAAACGCACCAAGAUGACGAUUAUGGAGCAACGCGAGAGUCUGCCCAUAUUCAAACUGAAGGAACAACUUGUGCAGGCCGUGUUAGACAACCAGAUUCUUGUCGUCAUCGGCGAGACGGGUAGCGGUAAGACCACCCAGAUCACUCAGUACCUCGCCGAAGCCGGCUGCACGGUCCGAGGGAAGAUUGGCUGUACUCAGCCCCGCCGUGUGGCUGCCAUGUCCGUGGCUAAGAGAGUGUCGGAGGAGUUUGGUUGCAGGCUUGGACAAGAGGUUGGCUACGCCAUGCGUUUCGAAGACUGCACUUCCCCAGAGACCAAGAUCAAGUACAUGACGGACGGCUUUCUGCUUCGUGAGUCCCUGAUCGACUCGGACCUGAGCCAGUACGCCAUCAUCAUGCUGGACGAGGCCCACGAGCGCACCAUCCACACGGACGUGCUGUUUGGUUUGCUCAAGAAGGCAGUCAAGAAACGCAGUGAACUGAAACUGAUUGUCACCUCGGCCACGCUGGACGCUGUCAAGUUCUCCCAGUACUUCUUUGAAGCGCCCAUCUUCACCAUCCCGGGCCGUACCUUCCCCGUUGAGAUCCUGUACACCAAAGAGCCGGAGGCGGACUAUCUAGACGCGUCCCUCAUCACCGUCAUGCAGAUACAUCUGACUGAACCACCUGGGGAUGUGCUGCUGUUCCUAACGGGUCAAGAAGAGAUCGACACAGCCUGUGAGAUUCUCUUUGAGAGGAUGAAGUCGCUAGGUCCUGAGGUCCCAGAGCUCAUCAUUCUGCCCGUCUACUCGGCUCUGCCGAGCGAGAUGCAGACCAGGAUAUUUGACCCCGCUCCUCCGGGAAGUAGAAAGGUUGUAAUUGCCACCAACAUUGCCGAGACCUCACUGACCAUCGACGGCAUCUAUUACGUGGUGGAUCCUGGCUUCGUCAAGCAGAAAGUCUACAAUUCCAAGACGGGCAUGGACCAACUUGUAGUCACGCCAAUAUCACAGGCCCAGGCUAAACAGCGUGCGGGUCGUGCCGGCCGCACAGGCCCCGGCAAAUGCUACCGGCUCUACACCGAGCGCGCCUACCGCGACGAAAUGCUUACCACGGCCGUCCCCGAAAUCCAGCGCACCAACCUGGCCAGCACGUUACUGUCUCUCAAAGCCAUGGGGAUCAACGACUUGCUGGCGUUUGACUUCAUGGACGCCCCGCCCACGGAAACGCUCAUCACCGCGAUGGAGCAGCUGCACUCACUGAGUGCAUUGGACGACGAGGGUCUGUUAACCAGACUUGGACGCAGGAUGGCAGAGUUUCCGUUGGAGCCCAUGCUAUCCAAGGUCCUGAUCAUGUCUGUCCAUCUGGGAUGUAGCGAAGAGAUACUGACCAUUGUAUCCAUGUUGUCAGUGCAAAAUGUCUUCUACAGACCUAAGGACAAGCAAGCGAUCGCAGACCAGCGUAAGGCCAAGUUCCAACAAGCUGAGGGAGAUCAUCUGACCUUAUUGGCCGUCUAUAACUCCUGGAAGAACAACAAGUUCUCUAAUCCCUGGUGCUUUGAGAACUUUGUCCAGGCGCGGACGCUGAGGAGAGCUCAGGACGUCAGGAAGCAGCUGCUAGGAAUCAUGGAUCGGCACAAGUUGGACGUGGUGACGUGCGGCAAGAACACUGCCAGGGUACAGAAGGCAAUCUGCAGUGGCUUCUUCCGCAGUGCUGCCAAAAAGGAUCCACAAGAGGGUUACCGCACACUAGUGGACAGUCAGAUUGUCUACAUCCAUCCUUCCAGUGCACUCUUCAACCGCCAACCAGACUGGGUUGUCUACCACGAGCUUGUCUUGACCACCAAGGAGUACAUGCGAGAGGUCACCACCAUCGACCCCAAGUGGCUGGUGGAGUUCGCUCCGUCGUUCUUCCGCGUCUCGGACCCGACCAAGCUCAGCAAGCACAAGAAGCAGCAGCGUCUGGAGCCGCUCUACAACAAAUACGAGGAGCCUAACUCUUGGCGUAUCUCCCGACAGCGGCUGCGACGAAACUAGGUCUGCGUUAGACCCUGCACCUGCACUCCCUGCCUGCUUGCUUCCGAAUCUGCCUGCUUGCUUCCGAGAUUAACCACACAAAAGAAUUGUGCGGGGAUUUGAAGGGUUAUCCAUACUCCACGGAAGAUUACCUCAAAGGAAUUUGAAGUGUGGGCGCUAACUCUAUGAGCAGAAGUGGUUUGGUAAAACUUGGAGGAUAGUGAAGUGCAGAAGAUUGGCGAGGUGAAAAAUCCACACGGGAACCAGUGAUACACACAUCAAAGACUGACUGGUUCCCGCCCCCUUCAUUUCAGGAGUUUAAUAAAAGCCCCCUAGCCCCCUAUGACUUUAUUGUUGCACCGUCAUCCUUUUUAAUACAAGUUGUAAAAUAGUAAAAGUCAGACACAAACUAGUAAAAUUUUUCUUAUGUUAAUCAUGUAGAUGCGACUGAUUUUAUUAAUGUUAAUCAAUUGCAAAGACGUCAGUUUCUCAGUCAUUUUUGAUUUUCCUUGUUCUAAGAACAUUUUUGUUUUUUGUACGAUAUUGAGCUCAGUUGAAUUCUGAGCAAGAACUUACUUUUCUCUAAAUCUUUUCUCUCUGAAUUGUAAAUUAAAAUGCAGAUUGUUUUUGAAUUGUGUACCAUA